AUACUGUAGCGCCAGUUUGACCUUUAUUGGAGUUUUUAAACCACUGCUCGCUGUGGUGGCGAUUCCUCUCCUUUAUGUCUAUCUGUCCUAACUACAGUUAAGGUUUUUAUUUAUUUUGUAUAUUCAAGUGGGCACAGACAGCUGGUGGAAAUGGGAGGUAGCACGUCCAAGAAAGUGUCAUUCGGGCUGGACGAAAACGAGAAGGUCACAGUUAUUGAAGGAGUGAAGCUUUCAGACGAUGUGCUCCAGCGGAUGAGGGACGCUGAGGGGUCUGAAGGCACCAAGCCACCCCCCUCUCCACCAGAACCCGGUCAGAAACAACCACCAAGUCCAAAACCAACAGGAACCUCCCAUACAGAAAUACAUGAAGAAAUACGCAAAAACUUUGAGCGUCAGCAGGCCCAGGUGCAGGAGCAGCUGGCCUCCCUCGCCCAGAGGGAGAGAGAGAGAGAAGCAGCAGCCCCCACAGAGCUGGACCACCUGACCCCCGCCCUCCUCAUCGAGAAAGGAAAGACCCAUGAAGAGCAAGGAAAGGCCAAGACACUGCCAGCAGAUGUGGAUGCCUGGGCCAAACAGCUGGAGAACAAAGAGAAGGAACUGGCCAGCAUAUCCAGCUUCUAUAAGCAGCAACUAGAAAUACUGGACAAAAAGAACCUAGAGAACUACAAGCAGACGACUGAACAGUACAACGAGGCCGCGAGCAAAGCUGAGGCCGACAUCAGACCCCGGCAGAUUGGCUCCGUGUGCAGCGGGCUACAGUCCCAGGUGCUGCAGUGCUACAGCGACCAUCCACAGCAGACCCUGCUCUGCUCCAGCCUGGCCCGACAGUACAUGAGCUGCGUCCAUCAGGCCAAGAAGAUUGAAAACUCUUGGACCCCUGGGUUGAAAUAUGAAUACUCAAGUAGCCCCUUUGAAUGA